UUCAGAGUCCACACGAUGGUCAAGCGUUAUGGACAGAGCGAGUCCAACGACCUUCACAGAGAAGCGAUGGCGUGCUUGUGGUUCAGAGCGGCGCUGCUGCUGUGCGUCCUCGUUGGGCUUCGUGCUCAAUUGAUAUUGGACACCAAGUACUGGAAGAGUGACCACGAACAACAGCUCCUCCUUCAGAAUCUGGCAGCACGCGUAGACAAGCUGGAGAAGGACGCCGCAGAAGCAACCAAAACUCACGUGGCGUUCUCAGCGGCGCUGGUCAGCACCACAGACUGGACCCAUGUGGGACCCUUCAACACAGACACCACGCUGGUUUUCAAGAGGGUGGUGACAAAUGUGGGUAACGGCUAUGACGUCAACACAGGCAUCUUCACAGCCCCUGUCAAAGGCCUCUACUUCAUCAUCUUCACCUGCUCCGUGGGCAACUCGGGUGCGAUGAACGCAGCAGUGCUGAAAAACGGUGUCAACAUGUUCGCCAUCUACGACACCAGGGGAACGCAUGGCAGCGCCACCAACGGCAUGACGCUGGAAUUGGAGGAGGGAGACAAGCUGUGGGUCACCUUGUGGGUCAACAAGAGUACUUUUGACCAGAGCCGACUCAGCACUUUCAGCGGCUUCCUCAUCGAACCCAUGUAAACCCCACUGGGUCACAAGGCUUACACUUAUGACUAAGCAAUAAAGCACUGACCCUGCAGCAUCA